GUUACACCUACAGUCAACACAACAACAUCAGCACACUGUCCGAUGCACGAGCUCCUACCAUUCAGCCGGACCUUUCAGCCGCUUGAAAAAGGGCUUGUCUAAUACUUGGCACUGACCUUAAUGCUGAAAGGUCAAACGUUGAGGGGGGUGCUCGAUGGAUCAUGGUGGUCAGCUUGAGAGGGAGGGCAGAAUAAUGUCACAAGUUCAGGUGGGCGGAGUUGAUCUCUGUGAUAACCUUCCCAACCCUGAAGCUCUGACUGCUCAAACGCUAAAUCUCAAUGAGACAAACAUACUCACACAGACUGAAAGUUUCUCCCCUUCACAAAAUGAGGAGGGAGGAGGGCUCCUUCAAAAAGCCUCUGUCAAUAACAAUGGGAAGGACAUGGAGGAGGAGCUGGGAAAGGAGGGAUACACAGGAAGAGGCAGAGAGGAGGAUGAGGAAGAUGACUUUGAUGAGGUGAUGAAGGAAGAAGAGGAGGAAGAAUCAGAGGAAUCAAGCUGUCUAAUUCGCUGCCAGUCUCCAGACACUCCCAUGACUGACUCCUCCUAUUCAGAAACCGGCAGUCUCUUGGAGACUCCAUAUCCUUUCAGCCCUGGGACCAGUCCAGAGCCUGCAUCCCCUCUCAUUCCAGCGGCCAGUCCAGAAACUGCGUAUCCUGCCAGUCAAGUGAAACUGAGCCAGAGUGAUGUCAGAGUGGACUCUCAUAACACUGAAUCAGUUGCCUAUACCACAGGGUCCAUUACACUGGGACCCACAUUCACAACAGGGCCUGUAGACUCUUUGACAAUAGCUAUAACCUCAGACAGCAGGCCUACCAGCCCACCUGGGCCCACGUGUAUCACAGAAGCUACAGACAGGAUUGCAAAAAAUAUCACGACAGAACCUCUUACCUCAUCCACCAAGCCUGUCUUUAAUCAUGGGCCCACAUGCACCACAGGGUUUGCCAGCGUAUGUGCAGGACCUCUCACCUCAACUGUAGAGACAUUUACAGUAAUGGCUGGCACCACGAGUCUCAACUCUUCUAUUGCUUCCAUUCCUUUAAGUACAACAAAAGGACCCCUAACCCUCACCCCAGGGCCUACGACUACCACUACAGAGUCCAUAACUGGACCUGUAACCUCAAACUUUGAGCACAUAACCCCUACACCUGUGCCCACUUGUCUCUCAGUCUCCACCUGCGCCACAGGGCCUAUUCCAAGCCCUGCCCUGCUGGAGUCUCUGGAGGAGCUGGCACAAAGAGGAGAUGACACUCACCUCCCACAGCACCUUCACCAGAUUGCAGAGGCCUUUGUCCUUCAGGGAGACUACCAGCGGGCAUUAUGGUGCAUCCAACUAGAGAGACUCUAUCACCAGAGAGUAUUGGACAACCUGAAUGCUCUUCAAGAACAGUGGGAGAGUCAGUGUAGAAGUCCAUCCUCCAGCCUGGCAACCCAGCAUCUGGACACUCUUAAAAACAUCUGCCAAACUCACAGUCGACCAGGAGCGAGAGAUGCUGUGUGUGCAUCUGUGGACCUUUUGAGGCCUACACUUGAAGAAGGUGGUGCACUGCCUUUAUGUACCUCAGCCCAUCAGGUGGACAAAGGGAUGGAGCAGAGAGCCCAAGACUCCUCCGGUUCUCAGAGCAGCCAUCCAGUCAUUAAUUUGACUGAUAGGCUCAGUUCCCCUGAGGUCUCUGAAAAGGAGAGGGAAGACCCAGACAGGGAAGUAGAGGGGAGGGACGGUUUCCAUGGAGAUCAGCUGACUGACAAGCAAGGCAGCGACAGAGAGGGUGGAGAGGCAGAAGGAGGGGUAGGAUACACCAUCUCAAUGAUAGGAAAUGGACUGCACCCCUCUACGGCUGGAGAAAUGGAUCAGUCCGAGCCCGCAGAGCAGCAGGGAGGAGAAUUAGGUCCCAUACAGGAAAAGGAGGCAAAAAGGGUGGAAGAGGAGAGGGAGGUGGAGGAGGCAGCCGAGGCUUUGGAGAUGGAAGAUGAGGGAGAGGAAGAAGAGGAGGAAAAGCAGAAGGAAAGCGACUCUUCUUUUUGUCAGCAAGCUCUCCCAGUGGAAACUGUGGUCAGCGGGGCAGAGAUGGAGAUACAACAGCUACACCAGGAAGCCCGAGCUGAGGAAAAGCUGCAUGAGGAGACCCAGGAGAGCACUGAAACCUGCCUGCACCAGGAGGCCCGCCUUCCUCAAGAGGCUCACAUGAAGCAGCAGGACCAGGGUGAGGAGGUGAAGGAGGAAGAAGAGGAGGAGGAGGAAUACGAAGUAGAGCAUGUUGACAUCAUCGCAGAAGCUGCCACACUGGACGACAUGGCUAAACUCAUCACCGUAGAGGAGAUAUCUCCUGCCUCUGGCCUGGUCUCCAUAUUAAAGAAGCGGCAGGGUUUUGUGGACAACGUGAGUGCGUCUGCCGGCUCAGAGCCCCGACCUGACAAACCUCCAGCCAAAAGACGCGUCCGCUUCAAAGUCCCUGAUGACGGCUAUGAGCAUGAUGUUGGCGGUGGAGAUUCCUGUCUGCUUCUCUUCCUGCUCUGUCUGGUUACUGUGGUGAUCAGUGUGGGUGGCACCGCCCUCUACUGUGCUCUGGGCGAUGCCCACUCGUCAGUCUGUCAGGACUUCUCCAGAAAUGCAGACUUCUACUUUGGCCAGAUACAGCGCGGGAUAACUCACAUCCAGCACUGGUUUGCCUCCGGGUCAUAGCAGAUAACAGAGCCCCUGGCCUCCCUGUAUCACACCAGGCUGCUUCCUGGGACAGUGUUUUCUGCGGUAAUGGUGCCAGGCGGCUGCUGGAGUCCCUGCCGCUAUACGGAGUAAGUGGCUAUUGUGCUGCCUCAAUGAUUAAGUAAAAUAUGGCUGGCAUUUGAAAGCCCACUCUACUACAUUUUUAAUGCUCUUUGAAUACAAUCCCAGGGCUCACUGAGCUUAAACGUCAGAGGUCAGAUGUCCCUUUACAACAUUGGUUUGAGAGGGAAAGUAGAGCAGAGAGAAAAAGAAGAUGACUGGAGAAUGGAGACUGCUUAAACAGAAGAGGAAGAACUGAACCAACACCCCUCUCAAACCAGGUCCACAUCAGAGAGCUUCUAAAACUAAAUAAUUACAGCUGCAAUCCACAGAUAUCUAAAAAGAAAACAUUCAUAAUUAACUGGGAUGCUCUACACACACACACACAAAGAUACACACUGCACAAACAGGAAGCGGAACAACGGGCAUUUACAAACUGCUGCAACAACUAGUGUUGCUUUUAUUGUAGACUUUUUUAAAUUGCAAACAAAAUUUUAAAAUGAACAAACAAUUCUGUGGUCUACUACUUGGAAUGAAAUUGUUGUCUUAAUUAUGUUCAUCAUGAAUGAAUGUUUGGAGUUUAAUGUUAAACUUUGCUGUAUGUCACCUGUGGGGCAUUUGUGUAAAAAAAAAAAACAAAAAGGAUUGAAAAGGUUAUUUUGGUAUUUAUCAAAUUCAGCUGCUAAUGGACAUCAGACACAUCAGAUAUGUCAGGUGGGGGAAAAUCACACGGUGUCAUGCCAUGUGCAUUGAUUUGCAGUGAGCAGUUGCUGUAGCGCUCUGCUUUCACUGUACUUUCUCCCCUGCACAUAUUCGACAUGAGCGUCCUGUCGCUGCCCCUUUUCUGUACAACUUUUUGCAGUUAGCUGACGUGGCUGCCACUGGAGACUAAAAGCCCAAACUAUCAGUUUAUGGGUUUCAAUGAGGUAAAUUUAGCUUUGUGUAGCAUGUGCAACAUGUACAGGAACACAGUGCACCUCUGUAUAUAUCAUACCAAGAAUGUUUAACAUGUUGCACAGACUAUGGUACGAUUUUUUUGCUUUUUAAUAUUGCAAUAUUUCUACAGGAAUUGUUGUGUUGGUCCUGGACUAAAUGCAGGCUUUUACAUGGUUUGAGCUGAAACAAAAAAUAUUCACAAACUGUUUUCGGGUUCAGUGUGAAAAGUUUAUGCCAGUGAACAUCAGUUAUGCAGAAAUAACAUAAACAUAAAAUACUCAACUCUUAAGUGGGUCUGUUUAGGCAUGUAUUAUUUCAUUAAAAAUGCAGAUUAAUGAUAAUUGUUAUGUUGGAAACAAUCAUUAUUCAGUGCACUCUUAUCAGUACAGGCCUUGAUGUCGAUGGGAUCAUUUGAAGCUGCCUGUGUGUUUGCUGUUUUUUGGGAAUCUGUCCAUCACCCUCAGUGUGUGAUUGUCAAGGUUUUCCUCUUUUCUUUAUCCAAAAUAAUUAUUUGCAACUCUAAACUGUUAACAUCUGCUUAGUAUUUGGUAGAAACAGAAGACCUUUUUGGUACCCUUUUCCACCAACAAGCAACUGGUUCCAUUCUGUUUCCCAAACCCAAUUUUUGAUCGUUCAGAGCAUUUUAACCAAAAAUAAAUUGGUUCAGAACCAGAAAAAUUGGUCCUCAGCUGGAACUGAAAAUAGCAGGUUUUCUUGACCUGAAGUGCAACAUGUGACAUCAGUGGGCGUGUCAUAUUCUACAGGUCAGAAAUAGAGAAUUGAGAAGUCAACUGAGAAAUUGUUUGACAUUGUGUAACGCCAUCAGUUAAUGAAACAUCCUUGGUUACAAUGGUACUGAUCAAAACUGGUGAAAACGCAGAUUCUUUGAGUCCUGAAUGGAACCAGCUCAAGACAUAGAGCUAAUUUGAUGGAAAGGGGGUAUGGACGAAAAACUGAUCUCAGGCAGGGGAAGGACUGUUUAUAUGUUGUCCAUGAAAUCAGUCCUUUAUUCUCACACUUUACUGCUGAAUCCCUUUUUGUUUAGCCCUGCGUCCAUGCUUUUUAUGUUUCAUUUUCACAUAUUACAAUGUUUGGUGUCCCGGUAAUUAUCUUUUCUUUCAUGUGGUGUCAUAGUGGAUGCUAUGAGAACUGCCCUAGUCAAACCUCUUGAUCGUCAGGACGUAAAGGAAAAAACUUCCAUCAGAGAGGAGAGAUUCAAGUGUCUUACUUAUGCAUUUAUAACAGUUUAACAUAAAAUAUUCAUAUUGUGUCACUCACUAAAACCUGAAAAUUAGUUUGAGAUAUGAUGUUUUCCCACAAUGUAGAGUAGUAGAUUGACUCUUGUUUUUAUUUGCACAUGUCUUCUGGCUGGUUCAGAUGACCUUCACUCAGAAAACCUCUUAUUUAAUCUUCUGGAUGAUUUUAAUUAUUUAUGAUACGAGGGAUGUCAAGUGUAGCUGGUUAAACUUAAUUAUUUCCAUCAUACAUUUAAUAGGUUAUUCAUCUCUUAUAUCACUUUUGUUCUUAAUGGGCUUUGACGGAGAAUUUUCUUUUCUUUUUUAUAACCAAACUCUUCUGAAUACCAUCAUUUGGGUUGUUUAUUUUUAUUUAUCUUCUUUACACACAGAUUACUUAUAGAUAAUUUUUCCUCCAUCUCGAAGCAUUUCAUAUAUUCAUUUAUUUUUCCAGUUGGUUUUAAAAGAACAUUUAGAAACGAAUGAAUAAAAAGUUUAGUGUGUAUGAAUCAGUACUGUGUAGCACUGUUAUUAGGCCGAGGAAAGGCGAUUUAUGAAUUGUUGAUGAACUCUUUCACUUUGUUCUUACAGAUCGUAAUAACAAGAUGAGGUUUUUCUUUUUUGUUGUUAAAAAACACCUUGUUAUGUCUCCUGUUAAAGCCAUUGAAAAAAAGCUGUUUGUGAGCCUCCA